AUGCCUCCCGAGACCGAGAUCAUUGCAGCCACCGGAACCGCUGUAGGAUCGUCCAGUAAGGUAUCGUCGAAGCUUGCAUUGGAUGAUUCGACUGUAAAGGCUAUUGGUAAGAAGCUGGUUGGAGACGCCAUGUUUUUCCAAAAGUAUGCUACCAAAUCGACCGCGGGCGAUCUGUUGUUGGCUCCGACCCGCAUGGGUGAGAUUGCCGUCAUUCAGCUCAAAGGAAGCACGAAAUAUGUGCUGCGCAGAGAUGCAUUUUUAGCAAAGACCGAUAAAGUGACAUUGAAUCUUGCAUUGGAUAACAUCAAAUCGUGGGAUACGGGCAUCGUGAACAAACUGGUGCAUAUGGUUUCGGGUCCUGGCACCAUUGCUAUCUCCCAUUACGGUGGUUUGUAUCGAGUCAACAUGGCGGCCGGAGAAGAAUACCUCGCCAAUCCAAGAAAUCUGAUCAUGUGGGAUCGCCGUACUUUCCCUACGCGAUUAAAUCCUUCCAAUCCAGUGAUUCCGUCUCCACGCAGCCCGUUAAGAAGAUACACCGUUGUAAGAAACAUUGUCGACAGUCCCUCGCUUCAACCCAAGCUGCAAUAUCUUCACCGCAUCGUCCAAGGCUUACGCAACUAUAUCUUGGGCGCUCCGGAUUUGGUCAAGUUAAAGGGUCCUGGUGAUUUUUACUUGGCGUCCCGUGUAGAGCCGUUCUUUGAAAAAUCGAGAUUAUUGAACGCGGUGGCCGCUGCCAACGAUUCCACAGCACAGAUUUUUGAACAAGCCGGGUUAUUCCCCUCACCGGCCGCCUCAGCAUCCGAGACAGCCUCCGUUGCACCUAAAUCUAAACCUCAUCCUGGCUAUGCCAAUGAAAAAUCCGUCAAUGGCAAACCCUCGUACUAUGCAGAAAUCGGAAAUGAUGGUCAUGUCGAGUUUGUCUCGAAAGCACGCAAAUAA